GUGAGAGCCUUUUCUAGUCCCAUAAUCGUAGAGCAACUCCUGCCUUCGGAUUUAUCAUUGAAAAGACACCGGUCUUCGGCGCUCUAUACGUCAUGUCCAAGUAUGGCUACUUCCCUAUACUGUGUGUGAUCGCAACCACUGUUCUGCUCGUGCGAGUGGACUGUGGUUAUCUCAGCGGCGGAGGCUAUGGCGGUGGUGGCUACGGCGGUGGAGGCUACGGCGGUGGUGGUGGCUAUGGCGGUGGAGGAUACGGAAAGUUAUGGCAGCCUUAUAAGUUUGGCUACCAAGUCCUGGACGGGUACAGCACCCAGCAUCGAGAAGAGAAGAGCAACGGCCUGGGCGGCGUGAAAGGCAGCUACGGCUACACGGACGCCUGGGGUCAUUUCCGGCAGGUGCACUACGUGGCCGACAAGUACGGAUUCCGUGCUAAGGUGCUGACAAAUGAGCCUGGCACGGCAAACCAGCAGCCGGCUGCCGUGCGAAUGAUUUCAAGUGGAGGAGGAGGCCAUGGUUAAUAGGAAACGCGCAACAAAUGCUAUUGUUGCUGAAAACCCUUCCAUAUAAUGACGAACGUGGGAACUCGGACUAAAUGAAGCUUUUAACAUAUAGUUGAAUGUUGAAGCUCGCUGUAUAUCACGGGACAAUGAAAGCGGUUAGCUUUAUAAGCAUUAGUGUGAGUCAGGCUUCGAUUGAUGGUCGCAAUGUUGAUUUUGUGUGCUUGUGAGCUGGUUUGAGUGAAGAAGUUUCCUCUGCUGAAGUCUGACACUGCCUGACACCUACGUCUCUAAUGUACCACUGCUAUGGGCAGGUUUACACAGCAAGAGAGAGUGCAUAUUGGUAAUGUCGUUGGUGAAAGCUAGUCGGCUUCAGUUAUACGGCAACAAUGAAGAUCUUCACAAUGGGCGAGCACUGUAUUUGUGCUUCCUCAUUUUGAUUGUCAGGGCCUAACACGUUCGGCUGUUGUCAGACGAGCGUGCUAUGUCAGUCAGUGUUUAGUUGUCCUCAGUUUUGCUGCAUUUAGGGUGGGAAAUUUCAAUUUUGAAUAGCACCCGUAUUGCUCUGAAUCACCCACAAAAGGUGUAAUACAAUUAUCACCCCAUUCAAGAUUAACAGUUAGCACAGACUCCACUUGUUCCUUGUACCCUGUCGUGAGGAUGACCCGCAUACCAUCAAGGGUGCAAGGUCAUAUGAAUGACCCGAAACUUCUGACACUCUGUCAGGAUCGUUGGAUGUGUACGCUCAACGAGACACCGACGCGAGCAGCACGGUAGACCAUUUGGUUUCUCAAGAGCAAGAGUCCACAUGGUGUGUACUUAGUUGCGAAGUAAGCACAAGUCGUUGCGAAAUGUGAGCGCAGACAAAGGGUUAUCGGGAUGAAGCUAUUGAACACAAUGCAACUCGAAGUAUAGGCGCCACGUGUACGCAAUAGUAGUUGAUAAUGUAGCCUAUUUAAUAACAAUGCACAUUGUUACUGUAAAAAUUGUAUUUAUUUCGGCGCAACUUUUGUUUCACACCAUAGUGAAUAUAUGCAUGCGUCUGGAGUACAAGAAAAAUCUGUUUUGCAUAAGUUAUCAUAGCCACUUGUUCUUUUCUGAAACCAUUAGAAACACUGUGUGGUAUUGAGUUCUGCUGUUUUUUUUUCGCAAACAGUGAACAGAACCGGUGGUUUCUGUCCGUACUAUAUCUUUAAUCAGCGAGGAAAGUAAGUCAUGUUUUGAGAUCUCUGACGCAGAUUCUGAGAGGAAGAAAAUCCCACGUGAAAUAGCGUGCCUGAAAGGAGACCUGUGUAAGUUUGACUCUCAGUGCAAUUUUUUGCUGGACAAUUUUUUUGCCAUUUAUGCUAAAUGAACACGGUAAGUAGGAUUUCCGAGAUCAAGAAAACGACGAUCGACUGAUUUAAACAGGAGGAAAACUUGAGAAACACACGAACGCUAAGGGAGACUAAAGAAAAGAAAACAAGAUCUAUAUACUGGGAAGUGUCAGCAACCGAGCAAAAUGUAACUAGAGUGGCUAUGUAGCUGAAAAAAAGGACAAUGAAUUGGCACAUUGGAGGAGCUUUUUUUUAAGUGGGUCAAAUGUAAAACAGAAACUAGCUCCAAUAAGGCUGUACUGGCACAUACAUAUUCA